UCCCUGCCUGGAAACCAGGACUGCCGGCGGAACAUCAGGUCCUAGGCGCUGCGUUCAUCCCUAUCCCGCCACGACCCUGAGGAUAUUUCCCUCGAGCUCAAAGGUUUGAAAUUUGCCCCAGGGUACGCUUCACCAGUGAUUGGGCAGAUCUCUCGAACCCGCUGCCAUGCACGGCAGGGCCUACUGGUUGUUAGAAAGAGAAUACCUGCAGCUGAAAGACUCAAGCCUCUUUGGCAUUACUGUAGCUCCAGUGGGAGAUGAUAUGCUGAUGUGGAGAGCUGAAAUCCAAGGUCUAAAAGAUUCUCUCUGGGAAGGAGCAUUUCUCCAGCUGUCGAUAAAGUUUCCCGAGGAGUAUAAUCAGGUUCCUCCAAAUGUGACAUUCAAUACAAUUCCAUUCCAUCCAAAUGUGGAUAUGCAUUCCGGUCGACCUUGCAUAGAUUUUCUAGACAACUCUGAAGAAUGGGAUGAAAGAUAUUCGUUGAGUAGUAUUCUACUUGCUAUCCAGGCUUUGCUUUCUAAUCCUGUAUUAGAAAAUGCGGUGAAUGUGGAAGCGGCUGAAAUGAUGAGGAAGAAUAUGUCUUCGUACCGGCAGAUGGUGAUGGAUUGCGUUAGGGCAAGCCACAAUCUAGAAGUAACUGAAGGUAAGGAGGUCAGUGUGCCUUCCAUAGAAUUCUUCUUGCCGCCUGAAGCAACAGCUGAAGACCAAAUCAGGAAGAUUAAAAGAAUCUCUUUUGAAGACUACUACAGGACCUGGUCUGGAAUAGCCACAUCCAGAGCUGCCCUCUGUUUCGGAAUCCCACUGUUUGAAGAACCUCAUUUCAUAGGAAAAUACCAAAGCUGGAAGCAAAGCAACUUAAAAGCACCUGGAUUAUGGAAUGACAAGUUCGCCUCUCUGUUGUCUGAGAUCACUAGAAAACAUUUGAUGUUCCCCGCAGCCAAGAAGACACAGGUUCACGUGGCCUGCCCGACUCCAGAUCAAACUCCUCUUGAGCCAGCGUCUGGUGAAAGAAUUGAAGGGAAGAUGAAUAUGCACGAAGAGGAACUGUGGGGAAAGAUAGUCUCAGCAGUACUGAAUGACACCAUUGAUGACGAGAUGUGGGACCGGGAAGUGGAAAACCUGAUUGCGUGGACUAAAACGCUCGGUGCUGGUGGUUUAGAGCAUUAAAGGUGAUGUGGUAGAACCAGAAAA